AUGUUACAUACAGUUAAUCAAAGACCAUCCGAUACAUAUUAUAAAGAUGAUAGUAUUGAUAAUGCAACCAAUCUUCAAAAGAUCUGGAGACCAAUUUGGGUACCAGAUCACCAAGAGGAUUGCUGUUUAAAUUGUAAAUCACAAUUUAAUACAUUAUUAAGAAGACACCAUUGUAGGGGCUGCGGCAACCUUUUUUGUAACAACUGUACCAGUAAAAGACAAUCACUACCACAAUUACAUUAUAAUAAACCAGUUAGAAUUUGUAAUAGAUGUUCUGACCUCACAAACUUUUCAAAACUCUCAACUUCACCAGAUAUAAAGAACAGAGAAGAAGCAGCAAAAGGUUUUCUAAAUUUAACAUGUGAUUCUCUUGGCAAAAAAAUGAUUAUUAGAGGAUUUUUAAAUCCUUUAGGUAAUUUAUUCACAAAUGGUAAUCCAACAUUAUAUAAACAUUUAACAAAAGCUAUUUCAAAUUUAGCCGAAAAUGAUAUUGUAAGAAUUGAUAUACUCGAAGCAAAUUUUUUAACAUUAUUAGUAAAUUAUUUACUUGAAAGUUUUAAAAAGUAUCCAAAUUUAAAGCAACAAAACAAAAAUAUAAAUAGUAGCAAUGGUGGAAAUAGUAGUAGCAGAAAUAAUAAUAGUAAUAAUAAUAAUAAUAAUAAUAAUAUUGGUAGCACUGGUGCAAGUGGUGUCAAUAGUGAACAUAAUAAUUGUAGUAAUAGUAAUAAUAACAGUAAUGGUAAUGAAGAAGAUUUUAAUAACGAUCAAUUUAUUAUUCAUGACGAUGAUUUUGAAAGUUUUUUAAAUGUUUGUUUAUGUUUUCAAUAUCUAAGUUGUGAAGAGAAUAUCCUCGUAAAGACCCAAUUAGCUGAUAGAUGUUUACCAAUUUUAAUAAAGAUGUCAAGAUCAUAUAAUGUUCAAAUAAAGCAUUCAAGUUCAAUCGUUUUAUUAAAUUUAGUAAAAAAUCCAUUGUCUCGUGACUUGGUUGUUCAAGGUGGCGGCAUUGGCUCAUUGAUUGCAAUUGCUAUUAACGACGAUGCUAAACUUCAAGAAACCUCGGCUCAUGCUCUCUCUAUUCUCUCUGCUCAAUCAAAAUAUCAAAGAAAAGUAGUCGAGUGUGGCGCCCUUCCACCAUUGGUUUUAAUGUUAAAUUCAAACUCGUCCUCUGAUAAUAUUUUACAAUACACAACAUCCUCACUUUCACUUUUAGCAGAGAAUCAAGAUAACCAAAUUGCAAUCGUACAAGUAGGUGGUAUUAACCCACUCAAAAAUAUUCUUAUUUAUAAAAAUGAACAUACAAUGCAAAUUUCAUACAAUGCUGCUUUAACAUUAUACCAUUUAUCAACCAACAAAAAUUUAAUUUUACAAUUGGCUCAACACGAUUUGGUCGAAUUAUUAACUAAAAUUAUUAUUUCAAAUUAUAACAAUCCAUCAUAUGAUUUAUUAUUGUUAUGUGUUAAAAUUAUUGGCAAUCUUUCUUUUGAAAAAGAAAUAAAAGUUUUAAUCAGAAAGAAUCAAUCAAUGAUGAAUAUUUUAAGAAUUAUGGUUCAUUCAACAAAUAGAAUUCAACAAUGGGCUCAAAUUAUUUUUAAUAAUUGUGAAACUGGACAAAAUUAA